AUGCAAUUGCACCAAUACACACAUAUACGCAGGCGUGAUGAACAAUUGCAACGAGAAAAUUUUAAAACGAAAAAAAAUGUAGAAACACCUCAUGAACAAAGCAAGGUAGUGGUGUUAAGAAAUCAAAUUUCACGUCGAUUUUUUAAUAUAUUUGAACCUGUACAUUCGCAAUAUGUUCAUAAAGACUUUCAAACCCCCACGAUAAUCAAUCAAACUGAAGAUGUCACAAGAAAUAACUUGAUAAAGGAAUUUCUAGGCAGCUAUAGGUGCAUAAGAAAAUUAAAUCAGUGCAAAGCAAUAUUAAAAAGAGAUGCAACAACAAAACUGCAACUUUGUGCAAUGCGUUUGCGCUGCAACUCUAGCGAGCUUUUUCACUAUAUCAGGAAAACUAUGGUAAUUUUUUGCAAAGUUCAUCAAACUUUUGCGAAACAAUUCAUCAAGCUCAAAAAUUGUAUCUUUCGAUCUACUCAUUCAGCGAGUGAAGGGAAUAACUUGAACAAGGUUCUUUCGCUACAAUGUUGCACUUUUGUCGAGCGGGGGCCUCCAUUGAAAAGUUCUCCAACCCCAACUUGUCACACACUCACGUCAGAGCUCAAUAAACACCAUUCAUCGUCGACUGCAGUGAAACAAAUAUUCUCAAAAAGCGAGAAAAAAGGCAGCGAGCAACGAAAAAAGUCAGUUAUUUCUGUAAUCAACAACGCUCUCUUUCUCUUGCCCGCCUCGAGCUUGCAACGGAAAAUAUAA